UCCAUAUUUUCGGCCGGGACAGUAACACGGCCAGCCAGCAGUGAAAGUGAGAAAUAACUCCGUAAACUGGGAUAAUUGUGAUCGCGAGAACUGAUGAGCGAACAAAAACACAUAUGAAGGGCAGCAGGAUGAAUGUGGAGACUCUCAGUAAAGCUGAACUUCUGAUGCUGCUCAGCAUUCUGGAAGGAGAACUGGAAGCACAGGAUGUAGUCAUACACUCAUUCAGGGCACAACAGAGAGAUGCAUUUGUUCAGGAGCGAUAUGGACAGUAUGACCUGCGUGACCCCUUCAUAGCGCUGCUGAGGGACCGCGAGCUGUCGCAGGCUCAGGAUGAUGGAGGGCAGAGUCCCGUGUGUCUGAACCCGCUGGGCGUGUUGAAGCUAGUGAUGGCCCACUGCACCAACAUGAAGGAGAAAAUGAUGAAACAGCUAGCCGCUGCAGAGAGGAGACAUCGACGGGUAAUUGCUGAUUUAGAAGAAGAGAAACGACGGCGUGCUCAAGACGCUGCUGCGGAUGAUGACAUCACUGCCAUGCUAGAGAGGGAACGAGACAGACUAUUACAACAGCUGGAGUUUGAGAGGGCUCAAGUCCAGCGUUUAGAACGUGAGCAGUCAGUUCUGUCAAAUCAAGCUGAGGAAGAUUUAGCACAGCAGCAGCAGUUAUCCUCGACACUGGCUAAAGAAUGUCAGAAGGCUACAGCACGGGCAGAGGAGGAGAGCCAGCGUGUUGCAGACCUCAGCCGCCAACUGGAACAGGAGAGCAGUGCCAUCGAAAUCCUAAAGCAAGAGCUCGAAAGCGAACACGCUCGUGCUCAGCAGAUAGAGGCGAGAGCUGAGAAAAAGCUGGCUGAAUUUGAUACAGAGCACGAGCAGAUGAGAGGGAAACUACUGAAGGAAGAAAAACGAUAUCACAAGCUUUUGGAACAGUUCAAUAGUCUAAAGAAAGAGUUGGAUGAAAUUAAAGAAAGAGAAAAGGCCGGGAUGGAAAAGGAUAAUGAAGAAAAGGUAAAAAUCCCACAGAAAGAUAUCACACCUUCAGGUAUCAUGCCUUCUCUUAGUCAAACAGAAGUCGAUGGCAAAACUGUUGCAUCUAAAUCAUCUCCUCAACACAAACAAAAUGGUCAACACACUCCAAGAGAACCGGAGUCUCCAGGCGAAGAGAGGUGUAAGGAAGGGGGAUUGGCGGACAAUGGGGUAAUGCUCCCUGGAGCAAGUGGUGCCUUACAGUGUCUCUCCCCCAGCAGUCCUGCCUCAUCCUCCCUUAGCUCAUCUCCUUGCUCUUCCCCUGUACUGACCAAGCGUCUGGCCUCUCUAGGUUGCUCUAGUCCGACCUAUCCCUCUUCUUACCAGGCCAGUAUAAACCAACGAUUCCAAGCAGCACGCCACAAGUUUCAGCAACAAGCUGAGGUAGACCAGCAACACGGAGGAACUGUUGUCCACUCGCCCCGAGACCUCUCUCCCACUGCCGCCACUCCUCCUCCGCCUCCAGACAAUUCUACUGCAAAGCAGAUUGCCCGCAACACAGUCACUCAGGUGCUGUCACGGUUCACGAGCCAACAAGUGGCAAGUAAACUCCCUCCGUCCAACAGCUCACCUUUUGGCACUGAUUACCGCAACCUGGCUGCGGUCUCCUCACCUACAGGGAAGAGCCCAGGAAUUCUCUCACCGGGGAUCCGCUCACCGAUAAUUCCGAGGACGGAAAAGAUUCAUCCACCUCCUGUUCCUCCCAAAAAGCAGGGGGUCAACCAGUCUCCUAACUCACCGGUUCCUUCUGGCAGGGCCAGCCACUUCCCUGAGCUCACUGGGAGCUGUGGUCUCACCAGUGGUCAGGAAGAUGCUAAAGAGCUUGAAUUGGUCGUGUCAUCAUCUAGUUAACCAGCCUAGAGUCCAGAGCCAGUCCUUUGCCUUAUCCACUCCCAUGGCAUCUAAAGCACUCUUCUUUUAUUAUUUUCACCCUAAUUUUCUAGUGUUGUAGUUGUCGAUUCUUGUCCUUCAGUACCCCGUUUUGGAUGUUUCCUUUAUCUGACUCAGUUCUUGGAAACUUUCUUAAAUAAGAAAGACAUCCAAAUUGUUCAGUGCUACGUACAAUACUCCAAGAUUGAAAACCUUCGGUCUAGUGCAGGGGUAGCCAACCCUGAUCCUGGAGAGCAGAAUUUUGCUCUAACUUUGAUGAAACACACCUGAACCAGCUUAGAAUUACUUGAAGAUUUAAAGGCAGGUUGAGUUGGAACUGAACUUUUCAGAAAGGAAACAGAAAUGUAGAUCUCUAGAAGCAUGGUUGGCUACCCCCAAAGGGUGUCCAAUCCUGUUUUUGGAGGGUCCAACCCUAAUUAAACACAUGAACCAGUCUUCAGGAUUGUGAGAAAUGUCCAGGCAGGUGUGUUGAACCAUGUUUGAGGUAAACUUUGUAUGAAAGUGGUCCUCCAGGAGCAGGAUUUAACAUUCCUGCUUUAUCUACAUUAGACUGGUCUCUCAGACGCAGUCCUGUAUAAGUGCACUCAGAGGUGAUGCCCCAUUGAAAAACAUUGGUAUCCCAGAACAAACCUUAUUGUGAGCCUAACCCAUCCUGUCAAAUUUUGAAAGGUAACUAACGCUCACACACAACUUAACCAACCUGUCAAAUUCUACUCCUAUAAGAUUGAAUCUAUUUAAAUACUAUUUUAAUCUUUUUAUAUAUAUAUAUAUAUUAUUCUGUUUAUUUUUUACAAAAGGAUUUUUAUUUAUCCUAAUAAAUAAUGUUAUUUGUUGUAAUUAGUCCAUUCCUAAUGACCUGCACAGAUAGAAAUGGAAGUAUAUACAGUAAAAAUAUGUUAUGAAAUCAAGCACAUGCAAUACUGAUUGACCAAGUCUUCAACCAAUCAGUCAGUCUUUGGCUACUAAUCAGAACAUUCUCAAUCUGUCUUGUGAGUGUGUGAUGUUUAUAUAUUGUUUAUGGUAAAAUGUAUAAACUGUUGGUUUUCUGUCGAGCAGUCAUAUGAUAAGAUGUGCAGUUACUGUUCUUCAGUCAAUGUCGAAAUUUACUACUGGAGAUACUUUCUAAGGAACUAAUAUGAAGUGGUCAUGAAAAAAACUCUGUCCUACUGUAUCGCACCAUGACUACAUCGUCCUCUAGUGUCAAUCUGAAGUGCUGCUCAGGAAGCUGCCAUCUGGUGGUGUUAAACAUCAGCCAAACCAAAUACAUUCUCUAUAAAUGUGGGUUAAAAAUGCUUGUUUAUAUGCCACACAUAUUCACAGACAUGGUUUAAAUGAUUGUAAACAAUAUUUAGAAUCAAGUCAAAAUGUUCUAAGAAUGCAUUUCUGGGUCUAAUAACCAUGCCUUGAUAUAUAUAUUGCUCUAUCAUGGCUCUUAAUAUUAUGUUUAUGCUGGACAGCCUUGCAUUUAAAAAAUUAAUUUUAAUUGAAUACUUGGUAGAAACCAUAGCACCAGUUUACAUGAUUAACCAUGGCAAAAGCACAAAUGAGUUAAUGUCAUAAUUUAAUGACUUUUUGUCUUACCUGUGUCCUCUUUUGACCUUUAUAAUGUAACUAGUAUGAAAA